GUACUUGUUGUUCUACAGACAGACACUGGAGAAGUUGGUUUGUAGCGGUGUGCUGAGCCCGGGACAGACUGGUCUGGCUGUAGUAUCUGAAGCUAUCUCAGGCCUGUGGGAUAGCUUCUCUCCAGAGCGCCGGGCAGCCUACCAGACCUGUCCCCCCCAGCAGAGCACCCUGGGCUGGGAAGGGCCGGCAGAGACACCCCCUAAUCCUGUUCCAGACACCCACCUCCACCUCACGCUCCAGCCCUCCACUCAGGCAAACAGACAGGGAGCCUCUUCUCCUUCUAGCUAUGAAGAGGACCUGCUUCAGGAUGCCUAUGAUGUGGUGAAGAAAGAGAUGGACUCCACUUCAGACCACAGUCCUGUCCUGGCCUCUCCUCAGUGUGGGGACUUUGACAAGUUCCGGAGAUCUAUAAGGACAUCAUGUGUUUCAGAAAUCAAGACUCAGAUGGUGGAGAAACCAGAAUAUAACCAGGACGUGUGUCUGUCUGCUACGAGGGACCACGAGGAGAUCUUUCUCCAGUGCUCCGAGUCCUUCGAUAGUGAGGACAUGUGA